UCCUCCAAACCCCUCCUGGAUCCUCCAAACCCCUCCUGGAUCCUUCAGAGUCUUCCUGGACCCUCCAGAUCCCACACAGAUACUCCAGACUCCACCAGGAUCCUCCAGACCCUGCUUGGAUCCACCAGACCCCUCCUGGAUCCACCAGAUCCUUUCUGGAUCCUGUCUGGAUCCUCCAGACUUCACCAGGAUCCUCCAGAUGCCACCUGGAUCCACGAGAUCCUUUCUGAAUCUUCCUGGACCUCUCCUGGACCCUCCAGUUCUCACACAGAUCUUUCAGACACCACCAGGAUCCUCCAGAUCCCUUCUGGAUCCACCAGACCCCUCCUGGACCCUCCAGAUCCCAUCUGGACCCUCCAGAUCCCUCCUGGAUGCUCCAGAUCUCACACAGAUCCUUCAGACUUCACCAGGAUCCUCCAGAUGCCACCAGGAUCCUCCAGAUCCUUUCUGGACCCUCCAGAUUCCUCCUGGAUCCCCCAGACUUCACCAGGAUCUUCCGGAUCCCACCUGGAUCCUCCAGAUGCCACCAGGAUCCUCCAGAUCCUUUCUGGAUCCUCCAGAUUCCUCUUGGACCUUCCAGAUCUCACACAGAUCCUCCAGACCCCGCCUGGAUCCACCAGACCCUGCUUGGAUCCUCCUGAUCCUGUCUGGAUCCUCCAGAUCCUGUCUGGAUCCUCCAGAUCUCACACAGAUCCUCCAGACCCCACCUGGAUCCUCCAGACUCCGCCAGGAUCCGCCAGACCUUGCCUGGAUCCACCAGAUCUUUUCUGGAUCUUUCCAAUUCCUCCUGGACCCUCCAGAUCUCACACAGAUCCUCCAGACACCACCUGGAUCCACCAGAUCCUCUCUGGAUCCUCCAGAUACUGCCUGGAUCCACCAGACUUCACCAGGAUCCUCCAGAUCCCUUCUGGAUCCUCCAGGCUUCACCAGGAUCCUCCAGACCCCUCCUGGAUCCACCAGAUCUCACACAGAUCCCUCAGACCCCGCCUGGAUCCCACCAGAUCCCUUCUGGAUUCUCCAGACUUCACCAGGAUCCCACCAGAUCCCUUCCCCAGAUCCCAACCCCCGUCCCCAGGCAGCGGGGCCGGCUCGGCCGGGACUGAACUCCCGAGGAUCCCCGGAGUGUCCGUCCGUCCCCGCGGGGUCCCCGGGCUUUGGGAUCCCCCCAGGAUCCCCCCAGAUCCCCCCAGAUCCCCCAGGAUCCCCCCUGGGAUCCCAGAGCCCCCCCAGGGUGGAUUUCUGCCGGGUUCCCCUCGGGGACAGGAGCUGCAGCGUCCCCAGGGCGUCCCAAAGUGCCUGGGGACGUUUGGGGACACUGAGGGGACCCUGCCCUGGCACCUGGGGUGGCCUCUGUGGGUGGUGGCACCUGGGUGACCUCGGCUCUGGGGGUGUCCCCAGCGAUCCUGGCUGUGGUCACUCCUCAGGUGACAUCUCCUGGUGGCCACAGGGGUGGCCUCGAUGUCCCCCAGGUGAUCCUGGCCACCAGUGAUGUCCCCUGGUGGCCACAGGGGUGCCCACGAUGUCCCCAAGCUGGUCCCAGGGGUGGCCACAAUGUCCCCUCAGUGAUCCCAGUGGUGGCCAUGAUGUCCCCAGCUGGUCCCAGUGGUGGCCACGAUGUCCCCAGGUGAUCCUGGCCACCAGUGAUGUCCCCUGGUGGUCACAGGGGUGGCCUCAAUGUCCCCAGCUGGUCCCAGACAUCGUGGCCUCAAUGUCCCCUGGUAAUUCCAGUGGUGGCCACGAUGUCCCCCAGGUGAUCCUGGCCCCCAGUUCUGUCACCUCAGUGAUCCCAGGGUGGCCUCAAUGUCCCCAAACUGGUCCCAGGGGUGGCCACGAUGUCCCCUCAGUGGUCCCAAUGGUGGCCAUGAUGUCCCCAAGCUGGUCCCAGACAUGGUGGCCAUAAUGUCCCCUGGUGAUCCCAGCCAUGGUGGCCAUGAUGUCCCCAGAUGAUUCUGGCCACCAGUGAUGUCCCCUCAGUGGUCCCAGGGUGGC